UAAAAGCAUGAAGUCAUGGAACGCCAAGGCUGUUCAGAGCAGGAGAAACUCUGGACUACAGUUUGCGCUGUCAAAAUCAGGACUGUCCCGCGAAAAAAAGUACAAUUGGGAGAAAAGAACACAUUCAAGGUUGCAGCUCAUUAUUUGUCGGGAAAGUGUAUUUGAACUGAAUACUAAGAGACAGCUGCAGGUACUUAUCAGAAUGGAGCCAUCCCAAGGAGAGUACCCGCCAUCAGCUAUUGAAAAUGAAGAACCAUGUGACACUUCAAUAACCACAACCCCCGACUGUGGUAUAGAUGGUGAACCCUAUGAAAUAGUCCACAAACUAGAAAAUGAAGAACCAUGUGACACUUCAAUAACCACAACCCCCGAGUGUGGUAUAGAUGGUGAACCCUAUGAAAUAGUCCACAAUCCAGGAGAAAGUGAAAAUGUACAAAGUGAAGCCUUGGCUCUGCGUCAUUAUCCAGGCUAUAGUAAAGCAUCUACUAUAAAAGAAAAACUAAUUUCUUUUGAGGAGUGGAUCGAAUGGAUAUUCUUAACUCUGUCUAACUAUACUACAUCUUGGCUUUUCAGACAAUCCUUCACUGUUGGGAUACUGACCUAUUCGGAGAAGGACGAGUGCAAAUGGUUGAAAUACUGGUUGCAAUCGCCAAUCUUUAAAGGCCACAUAGAUAAUGUGCAAGUUAUCUGCUACUCUGAAGAUAUAGAAGGACUUAAAAAGAAACUCACAGAGUGUUCCUAUAUACUUUUUUACCACCGAGGCACAUUUGGAUCCAAAAUGACUGAUUCUAUGAUUGCCAGCACCGUGAGACAGACAACUUCCAAACUUGAGAAGACAAACAUGAUGAUUGCUUUGGGUCAUCUUAAAAACAAAAAACAUGAAGACGAGAUGAAGAACAAGUUGCACGAGAAAAUUGGAAAAGAGUAUAACCAACUGCUCUUCACAAGAGGAGAAAUCGAGCAAUAUGAAAACCUCAUUGGUUUAUAUCCAUGGAAGAAAUUGGACCAGAUAAAGGCGGCAUUAUCUACUGCUUGCAGAGGAUAUGAAAGUUACGGUUCUUCGCCAAAGAAACAUACUGUUGGAAUCGCUUCACGGUCUUCAGAAAGUGAUUUUGAGUGGCUGGCCCAGCUUCUGAAAAACUCAUGUCAGGCCGAUGUCAGAUACAUUUACAUCUCUAACAAUGGGCGACACAAGUUCUGGGAUGAUGUUUCUCAUUGCACAUUCGUUAUCCUUUAUCACACCAAGAAAAGAGGGAGGAUAAACAUCACUGAUGUCACUGACUCUCUCUAUGAUGAAGAAAUUAAAUAUCUGGCCUCUGCACUGGGGAAGGACAAUGUGAUUGUUGUGGUAGGUGAUCUUGAUAACAGCAGCAAUGAGGAGAAAGAGAGGAUCUUGCUGAGCCAACCCAGCAUUGGGCACCAAGCCAAAAAUGUGAUCCUUUUAACCCAAAAGGAGACAGAUCCUAACUACGAGAGACUUGUUACACAGCAGAUAGAAGAAGAUGAAAUUAAUGUAAAGAAAAAACUUGAUGCCUUGAAAGAGAUUCUAGGAGAGGCAAAAGCUACCAUGAUGAGUGGAGCAGCAGAUACCACAAAUGUCCACAGACAAGAGGAAACUUCAAAUAUACUCCCAUUGGAGACAAAUGAAGUAAAUGAGACAGAAUAAGACUCAUGGCUUCUUCAUGGUUUCAGUUGCAUCAGCAAAAUAAAAAUAUGAUGAAGGCAGAGCUCUAGAACCCCUAGCCCUGGCAAAAUACGGGAUCAUUGCUAUUAUAAAGACCCCCAGUCAGUGAAAUAGUUGUGGAGGACAUGAUAAACUCUGCUAUAAAUAUAUUUUUUGGGGUGGUUGAGGGGCAAAAAAUAUUGUCCUUUCUCUAUCUUGGUCUCAUCAACCAAUCAAAUAUUCACUUUCAUUUUCUUCACUUGCAGAUGACCGGUGAAAACGAACUGGUUGGCUGUAUUGAAAUGUGCACAUUUGCCAAGUAUUAGAGAAUGCGAUUUUAACUUUCUUCCCCCUUAAACAGAGACUGCCACAUGCUAUAUAGCUACAUGAUGAAGAUGAAGUUGAAAAUAUUUCCAGAUUCACAAUUUUGUCCAACUGAAAAAAAAAGCUUUACUAGUGACUAUUUUCAAUUUUCCUCAGCAUUUAUGGGAAUCCUUCCUUAACAAAGGAUAUUAAUCAAAAUAUGAGUGAAAAUGUACAUUAAGCAAUAUAAUCAUGUUCAUGAAACAUUUUGCUAUAUGAUUGGAGGGUGCUUAUCCCUCAUUAGAUACAGAGAGUGAGAACACUGUGAAUUUCAAUUUCAUGUUGCAAACUUUUAACACCUGCUUCUUAUGGCAGUUGAGUCACAAUCUGUUCGUAAUCCAUAAAUAUAUUGACUAUGUGCAUGGAAAACUGUUGCAUUUCGCACAUUUUGCCUAAAGAUAAUGGUGUUUCCUUGCUCUAGGUCAUGGCUGUUGAGUGACACCUGAGGAAGGAGCUGGAUUUAAUUGACGUCUAUUUUGAUAUUCUGUCUGCCCACAUAUGAAUUUAAGCUCCUUUAAAUGGUUUGAAUGUGAUUGUAUAUGUAUUUAUAGUAAGCUGGCUGUGACUAUGGUAUAAUACAUUAAAUGGCAGCUCAACCUCA